UGUGACGCAGCAGUUGCUGAUCACCCUUCUAAUGCUCAUUUUUCCCCUUCUUUUCUUUUUAUCACCUGGCAGGGGGACCCCAUACCCGAAGACAUUUAUGAGAUUUUGGGUGGCGGCUCAGUGCGCUCCAUCAGCGACCUCCAGCGUGCCCUGCGGAUAGACUCCGUAGAGGAGGAUAGCUCAAACCUGGACCUGAAUGCAACUCAGCCUGGCCAAAACUCUGUGGCCCUGUCUCGAGAGCGACGAAGCCUUGAUGCUUUGCCAGCCGCAGAACCAGCUGUCCUCGCCGAGUGCAAGACGCGGGUGGUGGUCUUUGAAAUCUCCCGCAAUAUGGUGGACAGCACCAACGCCAACUUCGUGGUGUGGCCGCCCUGCGUGGAGGUGCAGCGCUGCUCCGGCUGUUGCAACAACCGCAAUGUGCAGUGCCGCCCCACGCAGAUCCGCGUCCGGCACGUCCAGGUGAACAAGAUUGAAUUUGUCCAGAGGAAGCCAAAAUUCAAAAAAGUCGUUGUGCCUUUGGAGGACCAUGUGCAGUGUCGGUGUGAAGCAGUGUUCCGUCAGCCCCCCAGGACCAGCCGGCCAGGGCCACGUGAGCAAAGACGCUUGUCGCCGUCAUUCACCACAGCCGCUGUCUCGGGGGUACGCCGCCCGCCGGCGCAGAAGAGGAAACAUAGGAAGUACAAGCAUGUCAACGAUAAGAAAGUGCUGAAAGAAAUCCUCGUAGCAUAGAAGUGCUGGAAGGGGAGAGCGAGCACAAGGCAGGUUUAUUUAAUAUAUUUGCUGUAUUGCCCCCAUGGGGUCCUUGGAGUGAUAACUUUUCCUCUUUGUCCGUCUGCCUCAACGUCUGAUUCAGACGGCAACUGGUGCUUCCUUUUCCAUCAGCGGACCUGCUCCCACCAAAGCCUCUCCUUUCUUUCAUUUAUUAGCGUAAUUUUAAAGUUUUACA